AUGCUUGGAACGAACCGAAUAGAUAUGCUUACUGAUGCUGCUGGUAGACAGAUUACAAUGGAUCAAGCUAUAACGGAUGAAAUUCUUGAUUUUUACAAGAAGAUUCUAGGUUUAAAUGCUGAUUAUUUACCAGACAUUGACCUAAAUAUAGUGAGGGCAUGCAACACCUUUCUUCUCAGGUUCCAAGCUGUUAUUGAGGAGGUGGUGAAUGAUGCUCAAUCUGGGUUCAUUCCAGAUAGACACAUUACAGAUAACAUUCUCCUAGCUACUGAACUCAUCAAAGGGUAUUCUAGGUCUCACAUGUCACCGAGAUGUAUUAUGAAGGUGGAUAUCAGAAAGGCUUCUGAUUCAGUGGAGUCGAGUUUCUUAGAAGCUCUUUUACAUGAACUUGGGUUUCCUAGAAUCUUUGUUGGGUGGAUCAUGGAGUAUGUGAGAAUUGUAUCUUAUGCAAUUCUAGUGAAUGGUGUCCCUUCCCUUCCUUUGAGGGCAAGAAAAGGUCUUAGACAGGAGUUCCUCUCUCCCCCUUCCUCUUUGCCUUAA